GGAAAAGUAAACCUUUUCUAAUAUUAAAAAUAUAUCAAAGUGAGGUGAGAGAUGGGGGUAGGUCAGAGUCCGGCGACGGAAGUGAAGAUGAAGGAAGAUGGAUACAGCGGCAGUGAAAGAGAGUACAUAAGGAAGCACCAUAGGCACGAGGCCGCAGAGAAUCAAUGCACUUCGUUUCUCAUCAAGCACAUCAGAGCACCUCUUCAUCUCGUGUGGUCAUUGGUUAGGAGAUUUGAUGAGCCACAGACGUACAAGCCAUUUGUGAGGAGGUGCAUUGUGCAUGGAAACGUUGAGAUUGGGAGUGUUAGAGAAGUUGAUGUGAGAUCAGGGCUUCCCGCCACCACAAGCACUGAAAGAUUGGAGCUCCUUGAUGACGACCACCAUAUCCUCAGUGUCAGGAUUGUUGGGGGAGAUCAUAGGCUCACGAACUACUCUUCCAUCCUAUCUCUCCAUCCAGAGGUGGUUGAUGGAACACCUGCAACUCUGGUGAUCGAAUCGUUUGUGGUAGAUGUACCUCCGGGGAACACUAAAGAUGAAACUUGCUACUUUGUACAAGCAUUGAUCAACUGCAAUCUCAAAUCUCUUGCUCACGCUUCAGAGCAGCUAGCUGUCUGAGACAUCAUGAAUAAGAGUAUAAGACUGUGGAACUAACCACAUCUAAGUUGCUGUUGAUAGCAUCAUCUAAUUAUAAAGCAUUAGAGCCCGUUUGUAACAGGAAAGUUUGAACCAUUUCCUCCAAUCACUGUUUUGUUCUUCCACAAUGUAAAAUUUAUCUAAUUAUAAAAGCAUCUUCUUACUGAGCAAGCAAUUUGG